AUGGCUUCUAGAAAAUCAUGGCAGGUUGCCCUAGCAUUCCUCGCAGUAUUGGCAGCGUGGAACUGGAGUGAGGCAUUUGUGCAAAGUCCACCACGUCCUGCAGGCAGUGUCAUCGUCGAAAAAUUACCAAGAGGCCUGACGUGCCGCAGGGGUCUAGCCCAAAUCAUUCCUGACAGGUAUGCAAGGAAUAGUCCGGAGUAUGAACCAGCAGAGCCUGCCAUCGUGCUGCCUUAUGGUUCGCGUGAGCUGAAGGAGUGGAACCCGAUUCCUCAAUGGAGAGGUGAGAAGACAUAUCAUCCAUGCAAGGAAUUGCAGGAUGAUAAGCAUCGGCAGUGGUACCAUUUUGAUGCCGAGAAGAAGACCUUAGGGCAUCUUGCCAAGGCUGUGGCUUUGGUGCUGCAAGGCUGA